UCUUUUAGUUAUCUCGAGGUAUCAAGGCGGUGUGUGAGCAUCUUGCCACCUCUGAAAAAUGUAGGCCAUUAGCCUUAAAUUUUGCCAACAGCUUCGAUGAAUUUCUAAACGAUCACAUCGUAUAAUCUCAAACAUGUUUUAAAUCAAAGGGCCGUAUUAAAGCGGAUGGCAGAUUGUGUACAUCAGCAGUGAUACAGCAUAUUUACAGUGGACAGCAUCCACACUGGGAACAGGACAAAAUGGCUGAUAAGAGUGACCUAAAAGCCGAACUUGAGCGCAAGAAACAGCGCCUUGCUCAAAUCAGAGAGGAAAAAAAGAGAAAGGAGGAAGAAAAAAAGAAGAAAGAGUCAGAGACACAACAGAAAGCGGAAGCUGUUCCUGAGGACUCAGAUUUGGACCGCAAGCGCAGGGAGACCGAGGCCCUCCUCCAGAGCAUUGGAAUCUCACCCGAACCUCCAUUAGUCCCGACACCCAUGUCCCCAUCAAAGUCAAUGAGCACACCCAGCGAGACAGGCAGCCAGGACUCGGUUGAUGGAGCAGCUGCUGGCAGAUAUAGGACCUUGCAGUGGGACACUGACCCCUCUGUUCUUCAGCUGCAGGCUGACUCUGAGCUCGGACGUCGAACACAUAGAUUGGGACCUUCUAAGAUAACUCAGGUGGAUUUCCUGCCCAGAGAGGUGGUGUCCUACUGUAAAGAGACUCAGACACCGCUAGCAGCUCAUCAAUCUGAAGAAGAUGAAGAGGAGGAAGAAGAGGUCACAGAACAGAAAGCUGGCCCAGAAAAUGACCUGCAGGAGGAGGAAGAAAGCAAGGACACAAAGGAAGGCCACCCGCGGGAGCUGACGGAGGAAGAGAAACAGCAGGUUUUGCACUCGGAGGAGUUCCUCAUCUUCUUCGACCGCAGUAUUCGUGUGAUGGAAAGAGCGUUAGCUGAGGACUCCAACAUCUUCUUUGACUACAGCGGACGAGACCUGGAGGAAAAAGAGGGAGAUCUGCAGGGUGGCUCCAGUCUCUCUCUCAGUCGUCUGUUCUAUGAUGAGCACUGGUCAAAGCAUAGGGUCAUCACCUGUCUGGACUGGUCCCCUCAGUACCCUGAGCUCUUGGUGGCCUCCUACAACAACAAUGAAGACGCUCCUCAUGAGCCAGAUGGUGUGGCUUUGGUGUGGAAUAUGAAAUUCAAGAAGACUACACCAGAGUACAUCUACCACUGCCAGUCUCCAGUGGUGUCGGUGGGUUUUGCUCGGUUUCAUCCUAACCUUUUGGUGGGUGGCACAUACUCGGGGCAGAUUGUUCUCUGGGACAACCGAAGUCACCGAAGAACGCCGGUUCAGAGGACCCCCCUGUCCGCUGCAGCACACACACACCCUGUUUACUGCGUCAAUGUGGUUGGCACUCAGAACGCCAACAACCUGAUCACAGUGUCCACAGAUGGCCGGAUGUGCUCCUGGAACCUGGAUAUGCUGUCACAGCCUCAGGAGAGCAUGGAGCUUGUUUAUAACAAGUCUAAGCCGGUGGCUGUGACUGGGAUGGCCUUCCCCACUGGAGACGUCAAUAAUUACAUUGUUGGCAGUGAGGAGGGAACAGUGUAUACAGCAUCCAGACAUGGCAGUAAAGCAGGCAUCUGUGAGAUGUUUGAGGGCCAUCAGGGGCCAGUGACAGGCAUCAGUUGUCACAGUGCUGUGGGUCCUGUCGAUUUCUCCCACCUCUUUGUCACCUCUUCUUUUGACUGGACUGUAAAAUUGUGGAGUACAAAGCAAAACAAGCCGCUGUACUCCUUUGAGGAUAAUGCAGACUACGUCUACGAUGUGAUGUGGUCUCCCGUGCACCCCUCGCUCUUCGCCGCCGUGGACGGCAUGGGUCGUCUGGAUCUGUGGAACUUGAACAACGACACUGAGGUGCCCACCGCUAGUGUGACAAUAGAGGGAGCCCCCGCUCUGAACCGCGUCAGAUGGGCCGCAGGGGGCAAAGAGGUCGCCGUGGGAGACUCAGAGGGACGUGUGUGGAUAUACGACGUUGGAGAGCUGGCUGUGCCCCACAGUGAGGACUGGGCCCACUUCGGCCACACGCUGAUGGAGAUCCGUGCCAACCACGGGGACGGUGAGGAGGAGGGGCCUGUGGAGCUGGCCACGUAAACACCGGAUCAGAGUCAUCACCAACCCAGACUGAGCCUGAUGUAACACACCCAAUUAGCAUGUCCACUAGUACUGUGCUGUUUACUCCAAUAAAAGGGACCGUUGAUCCAAAUAAUGAAAUAUUACUAGGGCUGAGAAAAAAUAUUGCAUGAUUUUUUCCUUCAAACCAGUUAAGUGCAAAUCCUACCCCACAGCGAUUCCAUUGAUCAACUCAAUCAUGCAGUCACCAGUCAAGAAAAGUUCAGAAAUAUCUUCAGUGGAUCAAAUCGAUACAAACAGUAGGCCUAAUGCUAACAGGAUGUGCUACCAAGUUAUACUGAGCUUAGGGUUUAGGUUGAGGUCAAAGUUUAGUAUUAUAUUGUGCAGGCAGUCUGAGCCGUGAUUUACAUAACCAAUAUGGUCUUUAGAAUCAGCUAUGCGGUGGGGUUUUGUGCAUAACUGGUGUAGGGGGGAAAAAUCAUGAAUAAAUAUUGAUUUUCUGAUUAUUUGCUGACAAUUCCUGAAAUCUCAAGAUUAAUCUUUUACUCUGGCUGUGUCUGAAAUCACAUACUCUCUAAAUAGUUAAGCCUACUUUAAGUAAUUACUUAGAGGCUGUUUAAAAAGUAUGUUCGGUAAAGUAUGGAUGUGUGUAGUAUGAACUUUAUGAAGACAUACUACAUUCGUUGUCAUUGUCAUGUGACCUGCUGGUCUCCUGAGAUAGUAAAGUGUCCAUGUGCACACUUCAGAAUCUCACUGAAAGUAGGGACAUUUUUUCUCCUACUGUGAAUUCGGUCAUACUACUUUUUUAACAUAGUGUUUAUCGCUAUAUAGUAAGGAAGUAGUUUAUGUGAUUUCGGAUGCCAGCGUGACAAUGUAUUUGCGCUAUCCGUCCUGUACAUGUCGCUAAACUAAUUUACCUAAAUGCACAGUUUGGGCCAUGUUGUUAUUUUUUUAAUUUAUAUUUUUCGUAAUGUGCAGGCUAAUGUACGAAGUUACCAGGUUCUCUGUAUCACUUGUUUUUUGCAUCGCUUUCCAGCAGCUGAGUCUUCAGUGCCACGGCAAAGGAAAUCUGAAUAUGAGUUUGUUGUCUAGAUGACUGUACAGCAAAUUAAUAAGAAACGUCUUUCUACUGAGUUGUCCUUGCGGAAUGCAUGUAAAAUAAGCAUACACGACCAAUGUUGUCUGAAGACAGUGCGACUGGUAAAGACCGAUUACCGAAAAGAAUGACUUGAAUGAGCCCGUUCAUUAAUUACAUAAUUUACAGGAUUAGUAACGAGUGUCUAUCAUAUAUCAGCUAAAUAGACGUUGUAACUGUUUUACUCACCACUGUCUUUCCAUAAUGAACGUGAAUAAUGAACACAUUCUUUUUAUGGGAAAGAGCUGCUUAUUUUGUCCUACACAAAGUCAUACAGGUUUGGAAUGACAUGAAAGGUAAUUUUCAUAUUUAGGUGAACUAUCUCUUUAAUGUUGUACUCAUGGGUUUGUUACUAAGCAUUUGAAAUUAGGUUUCAUUUCCGUGAGCUUUUUGUCGUGCGAGAGUUCAUUGUAUUUUUACUUUACGUCUCAUUACCUUGAUGGCAAUUCAUGUUAAAUCAGUUAAUAACAUUUUUGAAAAUGUGCAUUUCAGAAAUGUGAAUUAGAAAUAACCUCCUGUUAGAAAGGCAUCUUCGAUGUUGGUUUGUGGUCAUUUUUAGUAUACUUGAUUAUUGUGUGUGUGUAUAUUUUUGUACUGAGCCCCUGCAUGAAGCAUUGACAAAUUAAGUUAUAUACAAGUUGGUGACCGUGUCAACAAUAUUCACAGUGGCUUUCUCAUCAGUGUUACAGUGAUGCAAGCAGGUAUUGAGUGUAUACUAAAAGAUGUUUCACAUGUUAGAAAUGAUGUUACUGAAAACCAUAACUGUGUGGCUAAAUGAAACAAGUGUUGGCAAAUAAAAUAUGCUUCUAGCAACCAUUUUUGUUUGAUCUCCUUUAAUAAAUCUGUCCAUCAGUGCAUCUAUUGCUGCCAUACUUACAGUAAGGCACAAUGUUUACACACUACAUGUACAAUCAACUCUACUCCUGUACAGCUCAAUUUAGUCUUCACAUCAUUUUUAAGGGGUUGAGAAAUACAGUACCCAGACUGACAAACAUCAUGUGUAAAACCCUACUGCGGAGUCUCUCAUUUCACAUUGACCAUAAAUUGCCACUGCGUGUAGAUUCCCAACACACAAAUGUAACACUAUACAAACAUAAAUAUGAAAUACUAUAAUACAUUCAAAUAUGAGAGUACACAUCAGUAAUGAAAUGAACUGCCCAAUGAGUGCUAUGUGCUUAGUUUUAUGGUAAAAGGAGGAGAAAGGAAAAUGUAAACAGUUGCACAUCUAUCAUUUAAACAAUACAACAUGGUCAUUUCCAACUGGAUAUGCUUGUACUGUUUUAAAACCCUGCAAUAUGCAUCAAGAGACAUGUUCAUUAAAUAAAUAAACUGUAGUAUAUCUAACUGACCAUUUGAAUUGACUGGUUUGUCCAUAUCCAUUUAGCUGGUUUGCAACAGUUUGCUAAAGGUAAUU